AAAUAUUUUUAUCAAUUAUUUCCAGUUGUGUACGUACACAUAGGCUUCAGAAGUGUAUGGUAUACUAUGUUUCAGGAUGAAGGAGCACGUGAUGGUGGUGAGUCUGUCCUUGUUGGUACACAGUCAGGGACCGAGGAAAAAGCUAGUGCUGACACAGAGAUGGAAGAAAUUCCAUCUCCUGUACCUUCAACCUCUGUACAGGAUAAAGGACCAAUUGAUGGUGGUGGGCCUGUCGUAGUUGGUACACAGCCAGGGACAGAUGAAAAACCAACUGCUGACACAGAGAUGGUAGAAAAUCCAUCAGGUUUACCUGCAAUAUCUGGACAGGUAUAUGGUCAGCUAAUAGUCAAAUGUAGUUUUCCAUAUGUGUACUCACAUAAAGCUUAAGACGUGUAUGGUAUAUUUGUUUCAGGGAGAAGAACAUGGUGCCGGUCUUGAGAGUGAAGCAAAUGUUGGGGAGCAACCAGAAAUUUGUGAGGAUAAUGAUAGAGAUACAUCUUCUCAGGCUGAACACACCGAGGAACCCGGUGUAAGUGUACGUACAUUUGUCUUUCUUAUUUCCCGUGUACGUAUAAGUAAUGAUUGUUUCAGACAUCACAAAAUAGAGGAUAUAGCCGAUGAAGUUGAUAACUACUGCCACAGGUUGAUGCGGGAGAUGUACCCAAUGUAGUUCCAGAGAGUAAAGUGGAUGACUCAGUA